AUGGGGGGCUUACUGCCGAAGCCCGUCACAACAAAAGAGAUUCAGGACGGAAAGAGUCAGACCGGCCACUAUGCCUUUGGUGUGAGCUCCAUGCAAGGAUGGCGUCCCGCCAUGGAGGAUGCCCACAUGGCCAUUCCAGACUUCGACCCGGAACGCGAGCUUGGACUCUUCGGGGUCUUUGAUGGCCACGGAGGAGCAGCGGUGGCCAAAGUUGCCGCUGAACGCUUCCCAGAAACUCUGAGGGCGCUCCCCGCGUUUAAGCAGGGGCGCUACUCUGAAGCUUUGUAUGAGUCUUUCUUGAAGCUGGAUUCGUUCCUGGACAGUCCCGCCGGCAGAGAAAAGGUGAAGGAAGCCACGCCGGCUCCCGUCGAUUCCGAGAUGGAGGAGGAAGAGCUGCUCCGGCUCCUGGAGUCCGGAGAGCUCGACCCCGACGACCUGGACCUCGAGGAGGAUGAGGAGGUGGAAGAGGAGGCUGCAGAAGACGACGAGGCUGAAGAAGCUUCUGGCUCGAGCUCAGAUUGGGCGAACGCCGAGGGUCCAGACGGGAUGGGAUGCACAGCCGUGGUGGCCCUGGUCUGCGGUGGCAGUAAACCCGAGGUGUUUUGUGCAAACGCCGGUGACUCCAGGUGCGUGCUGGCCAGGGGCGGUCGUGCUCAAAACCUGUCACGAGAUCACAAGCCCGAGCUGAAGAGCGAGCGCAGGCGGAUCAUGCAGGCCGGUGGCUUCGUUUCUGCCGAUGGCCGUGUUGAUGGUAACCUGAACCUGUCGCGCUCCCUCGGAGACUUUACUUACAAGAAGGAUGCUUCCAGGAAGGCCACGGAGCAGAAGAUCUCAGCAGAAGCCGAGGUCAAGAGAAGGGCCCUUGGCCCGGCAGAUCAGUACCUCGCCAUAGGCUGCGAUGGGAUAUUUGAGAAGUUCUCAAGUCAAGAAUUGAUCAACUUCCUGCUGCCGCACCUCAGGCGCCGGCGGCGAAGUCAGGCGCCUCUCUCGAACGCGUGCUCGGCCUUCCUUGAUGCGAACAUCGCCAAGAGCCCGCAGAAGGAGCAAGGCUUGGGCUGUGACAACAUGACUCUACUCGUGGUGGAGUUGCAGCCCAGCCAAAGAUCUCAGAUGCGGCAGCUCUGGACCUUCCCACAUGGCUCUGCUGUACACCGAGCUGGCGGCAAGGUUGCGAUGACACCUUCAUCGCGACGCCGGGUUGUCAUGCAGCUCCAGAACGUGAAACGAUCGAGUCGUGCCAAAGUCAAAUCUGCUGGGCGGUCAAAGAUCAGGAGCAGCGGCUGA